AUGGCGGACGAAGARGAGGGUCCAUCGGUGUAUCUUUCGUUUGCAAAUCGCUAUCAAGCCGACUUGGAGCUAAUCUACCAAAAGUACGACAAGACAUUUGAAGAUGGGACUAUAGAAUCACAAGAAAUUCUUCUCAGCAAUCUAGAGGAAUAUGAUGGUAAUGAUGGUAAGAAUGUUGAUUGGUUUGAAAGUCUUGUCAAUGAUGAUGAGGAAACCAAUGGUGAUGAUGAUGCUCCAGAUGAUGGCUGGGAGUCAGACACAAGUGGACCAACAGAUUGCCCAUCACAAGAUGAACUAAAUGACAUGAAUUCACUAGACAUUCCAUCAAUAGAUAAAAUUAGUCAUCUGAACAGUGCAAUUUGCUUAAAACCAGAAAAACRGGAUCCAAAKCAACCAGAUUAUCCACUUUCAUCCACUGUAUUGGGUGAYGUUGACUCUAUUUUGAAUGAUAAAGUAGACCCAAAUAUAAGCCCUGUGGCACACCUUCGYUCAGACAUUUCAAGUAAUAUUGGGUUAAAAGGACGCUUAAGGAGUAGUGGAAGUCUAUCUGAUGAUACGGCAUUCAAAAUGCCAGUUAUUACAAAAUGUAAUGAGUUURCCAGCAAGAAUGUGGAGAAYGCUAAAGUUACCAUAUCAAGCAAUAAAAAGAARGAUAAAGCUGAACAUGAUGCAAAGAAGAAUUCUGGAGUAAUCAGUGUUGCCAGCAACAAGAAUAAUACCCUAAAAACUCAGGAAUCUUCUGUUGUCUCAACCUCCCUUGCUAAAGCUAUCCUCAAUACAAGAAAYAGAAUUGCCAAUGUUUUAUUUGAAGCUGUGUUAAGMUGUCAAAGUGAAAACYCCAGUAAGUCAUCUGGCUAUGACUCAAUGUCCUCAGAUUCAUCAUGUGCUCUGCAAAGAAUGACAAAAGAGUCUUUGUUCCUUCCUGAUAAGUUACUGAAAGAGUUUAACUCUCGUCUAACAGCAGAAAUCAUGUCCCAUGGAAAUGAUUCAUUUUCUACCMGAAGUAAUGCUAUUGUUACCAGGUGCAGGUCAAAUAAACCAAGCGUGACCAUAAGGCCAGGUUUAUUUGGGCAUGGAAGGAAGAAAACAGUGUCUCUACUAGCUAGCAGGAAAAYAAUAUCAGUCAAGCCUUCCUUGAAACUCACAAGGACACCAMRCACAGUCAACGUAGRGAUACCUUCACAGAGUAACUGUCCCAGAAUGAUUUCAGGUUCMCCAAGAGCUCAGACGUUGAGACUUUCACAAACAGACUCAUCUAGUGAGCUUACAAGAAGUGAUUCUGUUCUUUUAAACACCUCAUCAAGGAGAAAAAGUAUUAGCCUGUCUUGUCAUGAAUCAAAGUUGCAGCAGAUAGUUCCACAUAAUGCUGAAACACUCCAGUCACUUGACUCUAAAAGGCUCCRUCAAGUAGUUUCUACUAAAGCUAUUUUGAAACUUUCUCCAGGAUUGCCAGCAAUGGGUAAAAUGGAAAUGUCUGUUAGUGAUGCUUCAGGUAURAAAACUCAAUGUUUCGAGUCAACAUUGCUACCAAGGAGCCCUGAUGGACGUCUUGUCACAAAACCCUCAUUGGCAAACAAGUUUUUCCAGUUACCACAGUUUCCAUUACCUACUAACAACCGACGGUCAAUUCCACUGAUAUCAGGGUGUCUUCCUGGUCCAGAAACCAAUAAUGGCAGUGACUACAGACUUCUUAACGAUUGUCUACCUGGUAAUGGCAGUACCAGACUGUCCAGGAAAAGAAGCUCCAUCAGUGAUAUAGAGUCAGUGUCACCAAAAAGGGCAUGCCACAGAUCACAUGAAACUACCUGGGAAAAAGAUGGCUUCACACCUAGCAGAAGCAACAGCAAGGAAAAUUCCAGAUCUGCCAGGGUUUCUCCUGGYCUUAAGAGAAACUGCCUGGAAACUGACAAGUGUUUGCCUAACAAACGGCAUAAAGUAUCUGACUGUGUUUACAGCGACAAGGAAUUGUACUAUAGUCCUGUGAGGAGUAAGUGCGCUUCUAAAGGWACAUCAAAGAGAAGCAGCGUGAAGCUUGACUCAAAGCAACAUCCUAUGCACCUGAAUGAGGAAAGACGUUCUGCAGACAGAAGGAAUGACAGAAUUAUAUGUGAUUAUGCAACAGAAAAGUACAGCACAAACACAGAACAUCCAAAAGACAAUGGAAGAUCAAAAUCGAAAGUUCAUCAACACUGUAUGUGCAAAAACCACGACGACGAUGAUGAUGAUGAUGGGGAAACAAGUGACCAUAGCAAAUAUGAAAAGAURCAAUUUCAAGGGAAAAGGAGAGAAAGUGGAAAAGGAACGAAAGAUAGAAACGAAAGAAAUGAGCAGAAAAAGGUGAGAAGUCCUCAAGGCAAGCUUAUCUUCCCGAAAGAAUGCGAUGAAGCGGAGGAAAUCAAACCAUCAGCAAAAGUGCAGCAUUUAGGUGAUUUUGAACGUUUACAUCGGAAAAUCACAAGGGCUAAAGAACAUAAACAACCUGGUGUAAGCAGCAGGGGGAACACUGACCAUAGAAUGUCCAGCCCUAAAUCGGUCGAACCAUGUAGGACAAUGCCAGUUAGAGAUUCCAGGAAAUAUAGAAAGGAUAAGUGUCAAAUUAAGGARUCGAAGGAAAGAGGUUGUAAAGACUGGAAAAAUAAUCCAGGAAGGAACACUAAUGAUUCUGUGAAAUCACCAGUCAGUGAUUGGACGAGACAAAGAAGAGGCUAUAGUGCCAAAGAAAAAGCGUUUGGACAUAAAUCCAACUGUARCACCAGAAAUUCUCCGUUUCAAGACAAACAYUUAUCCAAGCAAGGAAAUGAGACAUAUCUUACACRUAACGAAUUCAUUUGUGACAACGAGCUACAACCCAAUAGAAACAGCGGUUGCAGUCACGCAGAACACAGCUCACGUAAUCACCACAGGGUUCUUGAAUCAACAAGAAAAGACCAUGCAGAAUCUGUCACACAAUCUGAUCGAUGCAGAGUCACGCAAUGCAAGGAAUGUACGAACAUGAAAAACUCUAACAGAAUCAGACUGAAAGAGCGCAGAGUGGAUGCGCGUCACACAGGUCACSCAAGGAAAGUCAAUGCGUUASGCUGUAGCCCUGGAAAUUGUAAGAAGUCACUUUGCUUUGAAUGUGGUAAUUUUUCUCUGGAGGAACAUUCUGAUUUGUCUAUAUCAGCAAUCAGUGRAACAGCGCAAAUGUAGGUACAUUAGACGAGUUUUUCGAUCUUCUAUACUGAGUCAGGCAAUGCUCUUCAUCAUAUACCAGAAGGCUCUGCGCCAUUAGGAAAGCGUCGCCAUGUUGGACUAGAAGAAUCUUGCAAAACCUGUUUAUACCAGUUUUCAAAGCUAUCAUGGCUGUGACA